UGUGAGAGUGAGCAAGCUCUCUGUAAAUGUUUGGAAGGAGCAUCUGUCAGACAAUAAAACUUGCAAGAAAACAUGCUUCUCAUUUAAAGUGUAUUUGCUAGAGCUAUUCCAGUGUUGGAAUCAGUUCAUUUGUAUAGCUUAGAGGCAUUAAUAAGAACAGAGAACUGUAAAGUCACCAGAAAAAUCCAAACUGUUAGUAGGAAUCCAAGGUAUUUUUUAAAAGCAUUUCGUCUAUUCGGCAUCACAGUCUUCUGGUAGGAACCUGAACCAAUUGACAUAGAGGAAACCUCUGGCAGUCCGUCCAAAAAGAUUGCAAGCAAGAAGAUGACAUGUUUUCUGCAAACCUGGAAAGUCUAAAGAUUACAAUAAUUGUUGGACCAAAGGGACCCUCUUCAGGCAUAAAUAGCAAGACUCCUACUGUCUUCUCUUGCAGACCAACUCAGCUGCCAGCAAAAGCAGGUGCUCUCCCCUUACCAGUGCUCCAGAGGAAAUAUUUAGGAAUGGAAAACCUGAUGUUUGUCUACUGCUCCUGCAAAGUUAUCUGGACGCUGCUUGUAACAAUUCUAGGCUAUGCCAGCAGCUUGCCUCUGGGUGAUGACUCUAUUUGCACAGCAGAGGAACUUGCAAAGUACAGUAUAAUCUUCACAGGGAAAUGGAGUCAGACUGCCUUCCCCAAACAGUACCCGCUUUAUAGGCCCCCAGCACAGUGGUCAUCAAUGCUAGGUGUUACUCAUAGUUCUGACUACAGCAUGUGGAAAAAAAAUGAAUACGCCAGCAACGGUGUACGUGAUUUUGCUGAAAAGGGUGAGGCGUGGGUAUUAAUGAAAGAAAUAGAAGAAGCUGGAGAGAAAAUUCAGAGUGUCCAUGGAAUCUUCUCUGCUCCUGCCAUUUCCAGUGGCACAGGACAAACCUCCACUGAAUUACAAGUGCAUUCAAGACAUCCAUUAGUUUCAUUUGUUGUACGAAUUGUGCCAAGUCCCGACUGGUUUGUGGGUAUUGACAGCCUAAACCUCUGUGAAGGGGACCACUGGAUGGAAGAGAUAUCAGUAGAUCUAUAUCCGUACGAUGCUGGAACCGACAGUGGCUUCACAUUUUCCUCCCCAAACUUUGCCACUAUUCCACAGGACACAGUUACAGAGAUCACUUGUUCCUCUCCAAGUCACCCAGCAAACUCAUUUUAUUAUCCCAAACUCAAAAUUUUGCCACCUAUUGCUCAAGUAACAAUGGUGAAAUUAAAGAAAAACCAGUUGGGUUUUCCCAUACCUCAUCUUAACCAGCCAGCUAAAAGCAAUGAAAUACUUGACACGUUCUCAGAAACACCACUGGACUGUGAAGUUUCACAGUGGUCUUCCUGGGGUCUCUGCAGAGGUCCUUGCAGAAAAACAGGGACCAAGAUCAGAACUCGUUUUGUAGUUCUUCACCCUGCUAAUGACGGAACGCCUUGUCCAAGUCUGGAAGAAGAAGCAGGAUGUGAACCAGAUAAUUGUGUCUGAAAUAAAGAAAAGAUAAUAAUUUAGAUAAUUUAAAAGUAAGAUAAGUGUAACUAAACCUAAACCACAUGUCAUUCAGUCUUCCUUAUAAUUCAGGUAUGCCACACUAUUUUGCUGACAAGAUAUAUUAGACUGGUUUUGAACAUUGCUGUUUAGUAUCAAGACUUUGGGGUGUUACAUUCUUAAGGUUUAGUAUGACAACAGUACUUCAUCAUUUACAGAUCAGAAAACCCAAAUAAAUCUCUUAUACACUCUAAGUUCUUGGAGUACCCUCUAGUGGCAGAAAAGAAGACAUUUGGAAAGAUUUUGCUUCGGAUGUGAAAACCGUUCAAUCAAAAAAUCUUAACUAAUAACAUUCUUAAAUACUGUAAUUUGUUGAUUUACAACUAUUUAUACCUAGAAAUUAAUUUUUUCUCUAAAUUAUGUAUAUUGUAAUUUAUUGGCUAUUUUGUUGUCUUUCUAAACAUGUUUUACUUGCCUUUCUUCAGAAACUACUUCUAUAAAUCAGAGUGACCAGAUUUUUGCAGUGUGGCUAAGACAAUAACAUGAUUGAGUAAACUCAUCUUGAGACUUAUGAAUACAUGAAAAUGUCUUUUUUUUUCCCCCCUUCAAAAGUGAGAAGAAUAUCUACCACGAGGACACUCAGCCAACAAAAUUACUAGAAAGAAACAGAAGUUUGGAUAGCAGUAGAAAAACUCUGAACUUUAAAAGCUUAACUGAGAUUUCAGACCUGAUCGAUGCUUAGUGUGUGCCCCUAAUGAGGCAACUGUCUGAAAAAUAGUUGUUAAGACACUAACACUGUUGGCUGUAAUAGAAAUUAUAUAAUUCUCUCUGUGUAUGCAGUAAAUGUGUCCAUGUUUCUUUAAAUGUGUUUGUUGCUGUUUGUGUCAUCCUAAACUUUGCAAGGAGAAAACUUAAUGAGGUUCUAAUAUUGUCUAAGGCAGAGGUAUACACAUAUCUAACAAAACACAGUAUGUCAGAAACCACUCCAGAUGGCAAGCUUUAAUGCUCAUCUAAAUGUUUAUUAUAAAAUUAAGAUGAUCUGUAUCCCAUAAAGAAUUGUGACAACCAAGUAAGAAACGAAUUUUGAAAUAAGACUGUUCAUAGGAGAUAUUUACAGUCAACUCACAAAACUUUUACAGCACAUUGCAGUUCUACAAACACACUAAAGCUAAAGUACUGAAUAGGAGACAGUGGGUUGCAUAGGUUCAUUUUGGAAUAUUUCAACUACAAGAGCACCCUGUAUUCUUUGUGGAGCAGAAACAUGUCAAAAAUUCUCUGUAUUUUUUUACAGGAGAUAAAUCUUACAAAGACCCAAGGGAAUUUGAAACAUUAUCAGGCUAAUCUAAGUUGGUCCUGAAAUGCUGAUGAAUGCACAGUUGUUAGAGCUAAAAAUAGGAGUUUCUACAUCUUACAUUCUUCAGGUUCCCAUGGGCAUGUUGUCAAAAUUGUCACUAUUUUUUUAUUAUACCUACCUAUUUUCUUCAUGGUCCCCUAUGUCCAUUCUCUAAUAGAAAGAGUGUUAACAAAAUAUAAUUUGUAUAUUUUGCCUCUAGUUACUUUCUCCUUUUCCAGUUUCUAUCUUCUUCGUAUAUUAAUUUUUCCUUAUUUAAUAUUUUCUGUUAAACUUAUUUACUGCAUAGUUAAACAAUUAUCUCCAUCUAAGAAUACAGAAGCAUAUACUGAAAUAUGCUCUGAGGACAGAAACUGAAUUCAAACUGACACAUCAACUGCUUGUAGACUAAACUCCCACAAGGUUUUGCUGAAGUGCAAGGUAAUCUUAGUAGCAUUUCUCUAGAAGUUCUCUAAACACUGGAGUUUGGGUUCUUUGCAUGUCCAGAAAAAAAUACAUAAGGCUGGCAGAAAAUAUCUGCAUCUGUAGUUGUCUAUGUGAAUAGAGGAUUUCAGCCUUGUAGGAUAUGAUGCAAUACUGGAGUAGUCCCAGCAUUUACUCAAAUUCCUGAUGCCAAAAGUUUUUCUGGGAGAAGAUAGAAUAGAAAAGGAAGUAAAUAUAUAAUAAGACAACAUAUUUCAGUGUUAGAAAUACCGGGGACGAGGACGUUUCUUCACAAGAUUGGAUACAGUGAGUUCUACUGAAGAAUAUUCUCAUGAUAGAACACAUUUCUCAUAAUGUAUUUUUAUUAAACUGAUUAGUGGGAUAUGUGAUCCCUGUGUGGGAUUGCUUCGUUACUUUUACUUUGAGCACAGCUUUAGAUUUAUCUUCACAGUUCUGAGACAAUGAAGAAACGGAGAGAAUCUCUUUCUUACUUUUCCCUUAUGUGCAGUGUUACUGAUGGCUGGCAGCCAAGAUAAUAUGGUCCUAAACACAUAAGAUUAAGGGAAGGAAAUAGGUAAAUUAAUUUCUGGGUUAAACUAAUCUCAGAAAAUGCUUAGGGAAUAAACUUAAAAUGGAUUUCAAAGUACAGGUUUUUUUUAAGCAAUAAUGUUACAUAGGAAAAAUCAUGUUUGCUGUCUGGGCAGGCAUUCUUGCAGCAACGGAAGAUAUGGUUAAAGGUAAGUGUAGCAGCAAAAAAGUCACUGCUGACUUCAAGUGUGGUUCUACAAAACACAUGGACACCAAAUUCAGUACCCAUAGUGCAAUAGGGUACCUCACUACUGAGUACAGCUUGUCCACUACCCUAGGACAUUUGGUUGUGAAAAUAUGGAAACUUUUUCUGUUUUCUGAUGAGUAGCAAUGCCAUCUGAAGCUGUCUACAUUUCUGAAGCUGUCUACAUUUCUGCAUGUUUGGUUGGUUUUUUUUUUUUUUUUUUUUUUUGUGGGAUGUUGCUUUGCUUUUCUGCAGACAUCCAGAGCCUUGGUGCUUACUGACUUAGGAAAAAGUACAUUUCUAGAUAAGUGAGGAUAGAUGAGGGACUACUGUGAUUGGUGAACUGAAAAGAUCUUCCACAUACUGUAGUGUAAAUGCUGGCUGUGUAAGCCUUAAUGGACUAUACAUUUAGUUCUGCCAGAUAGUCCAAAAGGACUGGGAUGGCUCCUUGGGGAGUGUGUGUGUCCUCUGUUAAAUAUCAGUAUGGGGAUGGGUGGUCUUGGCUUCACUGCAAAACAGCUCCAGUGUUCUAGCCAUGCUGCAGAAGUGAAGCACAAUCACAGAUACUAGUGAGUUCCUAACUUCUAGAACAGGAGGGAAGGUGUAGGCCAGCCUUUCUCAUCACUAUGAGGACUGUCCCCAGCAUAGCAAAAAGGUAUGAACAAAAGAUAUGACACUUGCUAAUACUGAAAGAUAUCAGUGCUGGAUACUUCCAAUACCAGGUAAUUAAUUGGAGUACUAUGGGAACAUUAAACCUGAUCCAACCUAUAAAAUAACUCAGACUAUUCCAUGACAAUAUCUAAUGCACUCAGAAAAUUUCACUCUUGAAAUCAGCUGAAUCCUGUUUAAUAGGAUAUGAUCUGUGAAAGAAAUUUUGUCCAUGAUAAUUUACAGGUACUCUAAAUGACUGAAAUAAAAAGCUCUUCAUAUAAUGCACAGCACCUGGUUGCCUGGAGACUGAUUUAUCCUUGUUUGAUUGAAGUCCAUCAGCCCUACUAUGAUAGCAUAUGCUAGCCUGAAGUAUGGAAGUGUCUGUCUUCAAUGUGUUUAGAUAGAGUAAAGGAUCAAAUGGUGUCCCCUUGUACGUCUUGCUUUUGUUCUGGCACUGGAACAUUUUAUUUUUUGGGGGGGAUCUCAAGUCAAUAAAAAGCUAAAAGGGUGCUUGCUUAAGUAGUUCACAAUCUGAAGCCAAACAUGUUCUUUUAGCAGGUGCAGAAAGGCAUGAGAAUUUAUGCAGGUGCAUGUCAGUCAAGAACUCCCUGUUCUGGAGAAUCCGGUUAUGCAAUCAGAUUCUAAACAAUCUGUUCUUAUUUGUUCUGAAUCCAUCAGAACAGAAUUUCCAUCAGAAAUUUAUUCUGAUGGAUAAAUGCUAAAGUAGUAAUGAAGUCCUAACUUCACUCUUGAGGCUGUUCAGGAUCUGAUGGCCAUGAGAUGUGAUUUAUAUAUCAGUAGAACAAGGAGUACAAGGAUCUUCUGAAUGGAAAACUGAAUUCAAAAUGGGGUCCUCCCAACUGAAA